GGUAAAUUUUUGUUCACAGGGACCGAGAUUUGCUGUUUCGGGGAACUUUUACCCAGUUACACUCAGAAAAUAGAAAUACCAUAACUUGUGCUGCAUAUGGUGGAAAACAGAGGCUGCUUCUCGGUACAAAUCAUGGUUGCCAACUUUAUGAUAUGUCCAAUGCAAACCACCAACAUUUAACUUUUGGUUCAGGGAGGAUCAAUGCAGUUGAUAUGGUUGAUAGUCGUGCUUUAUUUGUUCGAAAUGGCAUGAUAAAAUUGUGUUGUUUUGAAUCAAUUAGCAAUAUACAUGCUUCUGGUAAAUUGCCAUCGAUUGCCCAUGUUGGCUGGAAUUCUCGAGAUGUCUCUGUUUAUACCACAGCAACAACAAAUGGAGAAAUUCAGGUAAUUACUGUCUAUCAUGAUGGCAAAGUGAUUUAUGAUGAUGCUAAAUUCCGCACAUUUCCAAGUAUUGUUCGAUGCCAUAGAGAUCAGGUGUUGAUGGGUACAUCAGAUGGACAAGUCUUGUUAAUUGACACAGUAUCCAAAAACACACAUCAUAUUAGGGAAAUGUCAGGAACGGAAGUGGAAUAUAUUGGUGUAGAAACAGAUGAAAGUAACUCAUUCUAUGUAGUUGGCUCAAAACAAAAUAAAAAUGUAUCUCUUCAGAUUUUUAAUCAUAACUAUGGAUUAAUUUUGUCCAGCGAAAUCAGUGCUCCAGUUGCAAAGACCUUUAUCUCCUCCCAGCACAGCUGCUUGAUUGUAGUUCUAAGAGAUUACUCCAUUCUGGCGUACAGUUUCAAAAAUCAGCAUCUUUCAAGUCUUCAUGAUGGAAGAGAAACAGCUAAUGUAACAGAUGCAUGUAUAUCUUCAAAAAGGGGCAUUCUUUUUGUAACUGAUGAGGAAAAUUGCUAUCAUGUCUUUCAUAUCAAAUGGCCUUUGUCAAAUGUAACAAAUAAUAUCAAUGAGGCUUUGAAUAUGAAGCCACUUCUCCUGCCCUUAACAGAGGGUGUUAACUUAAAGAAGACAGUUUUUGAGCCUUCUGAUGAAGUUGAUGGUAUAAGACUAAGCUCACUAUCUACCACUGAACUUAGAGUGUCAUUAAGUACCCAACCACUUAAAGGACCAUCUUGGUGUUGCUGUAUUUGCCCAAAAGAAGACUUUGUUGCCAUUGGAUGUGAUGAUAAUACAAUUUUGAUAUAUGACAUCCAGAAGGGGAAAGCAAUUAAUGAAUUCCAAGUCCAGCCCAACCGACAAACUAGAAUUCAUCAGCUGAAGUUUUCUCCCUAUGAUGUGAAAUUUCAUCACUUGCCUUUCAAACUAAUUCUUUUUGUUGUUACUGACCGUGUGUCUCUCUGGAACAUCUCACCUCUUAUUCUCGACAAUGCAAACUAUGCAAUCAGAGAUAUCAAAUGUGUCGGUUGCGUAAAUGCAAGUGGUAAUCCUCUACUUGAGCUUGCAAUUAAUGACUCUUGCAACAAGUUUUGUGCUUUUGAUAAGAAUUUUUCAUAUUUUCUUUGGAAUAUAUGGGAGGAAGAUAAAUAGGAGCAAAGUUAUAUAACUAUUGUACUUUUUUCUGUGUGGUGCUUUUCAAGGUGGUAAGACUGAUCAAAUACUUAAUAUCAAUUCCAUGUUCAAUCAUAGAUUUCUUCUUAUUUAAUUGCUAUUGGAAAACAUGACAUCACAGGCUAUGUCAAAAAUAUUUUAAUCUACUUUAGAAUUCAGCAGGAGCAAUGCAGGAACAGAUCUCAUAAUUAUUACUUCACUAUUCUGUUUCCUUAAGUUUCUGCUAAAUGAGUUCACAAACUGAAAGAAGUGAUUAAUUGUAGCCACAUACAUAUGAUUUUUUGUGAUUUAUCAUGUUUUAGUUUAAUUUUCCAUAGUACUCAUAUGCCUUCAUCCAUGAAAGAAAAGGCUGAUGCAUCUAUUUACAGGGUAAACUAAUAUCUUUUGCUCAAGUCAUCUUAAUGGAUCUUAAGCAAAAAGGCUGGUACCUUACCUAUUUGGUUUACACAAAUGCCUUUGUCCUAUGAAUGCUGAGUAUUUAACAAAUGUGAUAUAUUGUCUUGUCAGUUUUGACAACGAGAGAAGACUGUUUAUGUCUCUCAUACAGAUCGUUUAACUUAUAUUUUUUAUCAUUGCUUCAAUUUAGUGCUCUUGUUUCGUAUUUCAUAUCAAUUUAUAGACUAAAGGCAAGGGUCUAAGUUUUUAUAUUUUAUAUGAAAUUAAUUUAAUUUUAUGUUCAAAACUACUGAUGUUUUCAAUUUUUAAACAAAUGUGAUGCCAUUGUUUUAAAUACCAUAUGUAAUACAGUCUUAACUAACAUGACAAUGAUGCCAAAGAUAACGGGUCCUUGACAUGUUUGCCAAAAUGUAUUGUCUGAAGUCAAUUAAUUAUUAUCUAUUACCAAACAAAGGAAGAAAACCUGUUUGAAAGAGGUGCUUUACACAGCACUGUGGUCAAACAAUAUUUUUGCCCUCUUUGCUUAGUAAUGAAUUAUUUUUUAUUUUUUCUAGUAGCCAUAUUGUCUGUCUUUUCUAUGAAUAUUUCAUUGGAAGAUUUAUGCAAUCAUAUUGUAUAUGUUAAAAUUUCAAAAAGUCUAAUAUUUAUUUUAGUUUAAAUAUGUACAGAGUUUAAUCAUGUUGUGAAUUAUAAUUUACAAAACUA